ACUCUCAGUGCAUGACCGGGAUGUUGCCGGUGCUGUUCAUGAAUGGAGGGAUGUCUACCGGACAGUCGGAUAAACUUCAGGACACUCUGAGUGACGCGGCCGCGAACGGCAACGCAGCCACAAUGCCUGUCUUCUCCUGUCAGAAGGGCGACCCGGGACCGACCGGUCCCCCCGGCAACCCCGGAACACCCGGGCCGUCGGGCAUCCCUGGUAACCAUGGCAACAAUGGGAACAACGGGUUGCCAGGGGCGAUCGGACCCCCCGGAGAGCCAGGCCUGAAGGGUGACAGAGGCAUGAUGGGAGAGAAGGGGAAGACAGGAGCGCCGGGGAUUCCGGGCGUUUUGGGGUCAAAGGGCAGCCGCGGGGAGAGAGGCCCGCCGGGACAGCCGGGUACCGGGGUCACCAUGGUAACCAAGGCGGCGUUCUCGGUAGGCCUGACGGUCGACAUGAACGUGCAACAGGACACUGACGUCGUCUUCGACAAGGUCUUCACCAACAUCGGCGGGGGGUACAACGUGACGACGGGGCGGUUCACGGCGCCGGCACACGGAGCGUACUACUUCGCCUUCCACGGGUACGACUACUACGCCUCCUUCAACAUGUGGGUCAAGCUGCUGCACAACGGACAGGAGGUGGUGUCCAUCAUCGAUUAUGACAUUGACGACACCCACGACACGGCCAGCAACAGCGUGAUCCUCGAGCUGGCGGCAAGCGACCAGGUCUGGCUACAGCUGCACGCGGGGCACGUCAUCGCGGGGUUCAAACACACCUGUACCUUCUCUGGGUACCUGCUGUUCCCUCUGUAAACACACCUGUUAACAC